GACGCGAUCAGUAGAGAAGCGACUAUCGUCGGGGUUGAUUUGAUUAUCGCAGCGUAGACGAUCUACCGUAAAUUUGCUUCACACGCGUCGUACUUGAACGGUUUGGCGUGAACUUUAAUCGACGGAAUGAGCAGAUACAGAGGAUUGCUAUUUCCAAAAUUAUUUUCCUCCUGAUGGAAAACUCUGGAACAAUCACAUCGCUGGUCGUUUCAGCCGGACCACCGAAUCACGAUAAAUCUACAUCCUGAUCAUUUGUUCAAGGCUUGUUCGACGUUUGACAGGUUUGGACAGGAUAGCAAGUUCGAGAGAUAGCUGGAGAAUUUCUCUCGAUCGUGGAGCGAGUUUCUGCAAGAGUACGAGAGUGAUUGGUCCAUCGUGAAGAACAAAAAGAAUAAUUUCCAGAUUAGGUUAGACAUGCAGGAGUUUAAACCUGACGAAAUCAGUAUCAGAUUGAUGGACAAUUUCGUUAUCGUCGAAGAAAAACAUGAAAAAAAGAAGGACGAGCACGGAACGAUUUCCAGACAUUUCGUAAGAAAGUACAUGGUUCCGCAACAAUGCGAUCUGAAAAAGGCAACGAAUACCCUCUCAUCGAACGGCUUUCUAACAAUCAUAGUGCCGAAAAGGCCGGAAGCUCAAGAUGACAAGAAAGAGAGGAUCAUUAACGUCGAAUAUACUACCCAGCAAACACAAUAUUACAUGUAACGUGCAUGUUAGUUGUA